AUGGAAGAGCUGUUGCGUUCCCUGCGGAACUUGGACUUGUCCGCACCGAAUGGCGAGCAAGUGCUCGCGCUUUUUUCAGAAUACCCACAUGUAGACAAACAAUUGGCACAGCAGCUUGCUGUGCCUGCGCGUCUAGAAUCGUCAGAUGUGAAGGAAGGCAUAGAUGCCAUGAUGGAUGCAGCGCUCUUGAGCGGCGCCACAGAAGCCAUGCUCCAGAAUUAUAACAGGGCGCUUGAAAAGGACACAGAGCUGCUACACAAUGAACAUAAGCAGAUUUAUGCACCGAAGCCUGUCAAGCGAGUCCCACUGAAAGCACUGCUGGCGGCGCAGCACGCGACCAUUCGGCGCCGCGAAGAAGAGGCCAAGGCUGCGUCGGAAAAUGCCCCAUUCUACGUGGUAAGGCAGAUAAACGAUACAGUACAUACCUUUUAUUCGACCAGGCAUGUUGCCGAGCUGACGCGCGUCGAUAUGGACGAAUUUGCGGUACCAAAGCGGUUGGAAGGCCGAUACGUGCUUGUCCGUGUGGCUUCGCCGCUGAGUUUGUACUGUAGCUGCUCGUUUGUCGGGCAGCUUCCGUCGGGUGCUGCGAUUUUUGUGAGCAUCGCGUACUUUACGCAUGACCUCUCGCUGCCCAGCGAUGCACUAAACGCACUGCUACCCAUCGGUACGGUAUGCUUGAUUCGCGAGCCGUAUAUAAGCACAAACUAUCUCGGCGUGGGCGGGCCAAUAUCUGGUGGAAAAGGAGCUGUUGGAAUUCGUGUGGAUACGCCUUCGGAUGUGCAGGUGUUGGACAGUGUCGCCCCAAUCCUGCAAGGCGUGGUAUGGGAUUCGCCGUGCGAGCCGCCGGCGCCGCCAACUCGUAUAUUGUGGCGCCAAGAGGGCCCAUUGACGCGUGUCGUGCAGCACCAACUCGCACAGCAGCGGCCAGUCCACGUCCCAGACGUGGCAAAGGCGCGCGUGCACGAAUCUAUUCGCCAGCUUCUUUUGAUGGAGCGCCCGGGUGCGGCGUGGCGCGAAUGGCAAGCAGCUGUGCUGGCUGGUAUAUGGAACGAUCCCCUGGCAUGCGAGGAUGCGCUUCUGAAGUUUGACGUGCUCUUUGCGCUCCAUACGUACCAAGCGGCACUUGACGCAAUUGCGCUUGACCCCCCCGAAGCGCUGCUUUCCGAGUACACGCACCGCAAAACAAAAGUGACGUCGGCCAUGCAGUCCCAUACAUCUGGCCCUUCGGAUGCCCUACUGCAGCACAUGUUUGCAGCGACAUUAACGCAAAGCACGCCUCGGUUUGACUAUGCCGAGUAUGUUGGUCCUGUCGCUGUACAAGACAUCCCAAACGCUGGGCGCGGCCUGGUCCUUACCAAAGACGUGAAAGAAGGAACGCUGCUGCUUUUUUGCCGCGCCAUAGGGAGCAGUUACAGCGCCGACAAAGGGUGCUGUGAGCGGCAGAUUCUCCGCUGCGAUGUAGGCAGAGGCGUGUCGAGCACCACGACGCAAGUCCUCGCUGCAGCACGCUGCAUUCAUGCUAUUCUCGACCGCCCGGAACUCGCACACCCAUUGCUAGGCUUGACAGCAGGCCCCGAUAUACCCCACGAUCCCCUUGUCCAAGCGCCGUAUCCCUUGCGAUGGGAGCCUCCGUCAGAUCCACAAGCCGCACUGGAAGCAGCGACGCCGCAUGUCUCGUCUGCGUACAUCAACGGUGUCCUUCGCUUCAAUGCAUUCGGGCCCGCGCCGAUGCCUGCAGCAGCAAGUGCUGGCGAUCCAAUGGCGAACUCGACGAUGCCACAUCCCCUCCCUGCUAUUCUGAAUCACGCAUGCCUCCCCACCGUGUCUUCAGUCUUUCUCGGCGACAUGGUUGCAACGCGUGCAUUGCACCCGCUACAAAAAGGAACACAGAUCAUGCACCAAUACGUGCAAGGCGAGCUUGCGUACCAAACACGCCAGAAACUGCUGGCAAAGCACAAAUUCGUAUGCAAGUGUGGUCUGUGCGAACGCGACUUGGGCGAUGGCAUUGCACAGCAGCGAACGCGGGAAGAGCUGCUAGCGACGAUGCUGCCGCCACUACUUGAACGCAGUCGUGCAUUGCACAAAGGCGGUUUUGCCCCGGCAUCGUCCGGCACCGACUUAUUGAAAGCGCAUCGCGAGAUUGCAGCGUCUUUGCUAGCCUUUGUGGACAACGUGCAAGCUACGUACCAUUCGAGCCGCGAUGCGCUGCGCCCCGACAUUGUGGACCCCUUGCAUCUUGCCGCGAGCCACACACGUUUGUCAGACCCUGUAAAAGCAAUCGCACUGGCAGAGGCUGCCAUUACAGCUUCUGGCGCCGUCCUUGGAAGCGCCCAAGGCCGUGCGAUUUGCCAGCUUCCCUACGCGACGCUGAAAAAUGCAGAGUAUGGGUGGAAACAGCAGCCUACACACAUCAGUGCAUGA